AACCUGCGACGCGUUCGCGUUGUCAAUCAUUGACGGCUGAUCUUUGCAAAUUUAUUUCAAGUGGACAUUUUCCUCUGAGCCUUUUUUAAUAUUCACCCAAAAAAAAGGCCAGAGAAUUUUGCCUAAAGAGUCGGUUUUGUACACGAUAUCUCACAUCUUAGGUAAAGCUGAGAUGCAUUUUAAACGGAAGUUUACUUUCGCUAAUGUAAUAUUUACAGUGUUGCUGUUGAGCUUAAAAAAGGACGUUGUACGGGCUACUGAACAAGACCAGGCAUUUUGGACUUACGACAGACAGGAAGGAGCUAACGGCCCCGACGAGUGGGAAACCCUAAACGUCGACUGGUCUUGCAAUGGACGUAAACAAUCACCAAUUAACAUUAUGACUGAUCAGGUCAGGCAGAAAGAUCCUACCAACCCACCUAAUCUGAGGCUCACUGUGGCGGGGAAUAAACCAAUCACAGGUGAGCUUAAAAACACUGGAUACGCGCCAAAGUUUUACCUUGGAGAGGGGUCCACAGUCAAACUGGCCGGCGGUCUCCUGCAAGAGAGGUACCUCCUCAACGAAUUUCUUUUUCACUUUGGCUGCAACGACACCGCUGGAUCUGAACAUACAAUUGAUGGAAACACGUAUCCAAUUGAGUUGCACAUGGUGUUUUGGGACAACACAAAUUAUGGAUCGUUCGAAUUAGCAGCUCAAGGAGAGGACGGCUUAGCUGUUGUCGCUGUUUUGUACGAGCUUCCAAUGGCAAAAAGCAGCUCAACUCCAGCAAACGUUGCACUAGAAAAGAUUGCACAACUCCUGAACAGCAUUGUCGAUGAAAACAGCAGUCACGUGGUUACUCAAAGCGCAGCGAUUCACAUCGAGGACUUAGCGCCACUGCUCGUUUCCCCGGAUAUUACCGACAGGUUUUACAAAUACAAAGGAUCUCUCACAACUCCCGGAUGUUAUGAAUCUGUCACGUGGUUUGUCAUGAACAACCACCCGCAAAUAACCGAGAAAGAGCUUCUGGCGUUCCGAAAUCUGAAGAGCAGCAAAGCGCAUGUGCAAGGGAAGAACGCUGGGCGCAUGUGCAAUAACUUUCGCAACACCAUGCCGCUGAAUGGUCGACAAAUUCACAGCAACAUCGUCCUGGAGUGAACAGAAACAACUGCAAUGGAUUACCUUACCAAGAUUGUUUGAGUCUCAUACCGGACAAAGAAAGCCGUAAUUGAAGUUCUGAAGCACACAAAUAAGUUAAACACAGUAGGCCUAAGCCAAUGUACAUGUAAUUGUUCACAGACACUACGUUAUUCUACAUUUUGAAAAUAUCACCUAAAUGUAUAUCAGUGAAGUAACAAACGACAAAAUGUAUCACAGUUUUAUAUUAGGGAGUCGCCUGGAAUCAUUCAUCAUAAAUAAAGGACUGACGCUCAUUGUC